GUGAGAAAAAAAACUCGCCCCGGCAGUCAGACGCGCGUAAGUUUGCGAGUAGAGGUUGCAUCCUCGGCCCGCUUCCCCCUCUCUCUCUCUCUCCGCUUGCGUAAUGUAUUCCUGCAGAAGAAGCCGUAAAGUGUUAAAUGUUUGAAACACAAACCCGCCGUGUUUCACAUGCUGAAAAGGGACUCCGCUACUCGCGGCACUGCUGCGUCCGUGCAAUAGACUCUGCAAAGAAAAACUCCUCUCGCACGCCUGCAAGUCCGUGACUGCAAAAAAAAAAAAAAAAAGGGGGACGCUGAAAAAGCUUAUUUUUUUCCACUUUCAAGAGAAACGCUUUAAAAAAAAAAACCCAAACUGGCGCACGUUGUUCCCAACCAACCCAGUUUGACAGCUGCUCUUCAGCCCGCUUGGAGGACUGUCAGCAGCAAGAGGAUGGCAUCAGAGCUGGCAAUGAGCAACUCCGACCUGCCCACCAGUCCCUUGGCCAUGGAAUAUGUUAAUGACUUCGAUCUGAUGAAGUUUGAAGUGAAAAAGGAGCCGGUGGAGCCCGAUCGCACCAUCAGCCAGUGCAGCCGCCUGAUCACCGGGGGAUCCCUGUCUUCCACCCCGAUGAGCACGCCCUGCAGCUCGGUGCCUCCUUCCCCGAGCUUCUCCGCGCCCAGCCCGGGCUCGGGGAGCGAGCAGAAGACGCACAUAGAGGAUUUCUACUGGAUGUCCGGUUACCAACAGCAGCUGAACCCGGAGGCGCUGGGCUUCAGCCCCGAAGACGCGGUCGAGGCGCUGAUCAGCAGCAGCCACCAGCUCCAGUCCGGCUUCGAUGGCUACGGCCGGGGCCAGCAGUUCCCCGGGGCCGGGGCGGGGGGCGCCAUGGCCGGGGAGGAGAUGGGCUCCGCCGCGGCCGUGGUGUCGGCGGUCAUCGCUGCAGCUGCAGCCCAGAGCGGAGCUCCACACCACCACCAUAAUAACCAUAACCAUAACCACCACCAUAAUAACCCACACCACCAGCACCACCAGCCCGGACAGCCCAACGGCGGCUCCGGCGCGGCGCACCCGCACAUGCGCCUGGACGAUCGCUUUUCCGACGACCAGCUGGUCAGCAUGUCCGUGCGGGAGCUGAACCGGCAGCUGCGGGGGGUCAGCAAGGAAGAGGUGAUCCGGCUGAAGCAGAAGAGGAGGACCCUGAAGAACAGAGGCUACGCGCAGUCGUGCCGCUUCAAGCGGGUGCAGCAGCGGCACGUCCUGGAGGGCGAGAAGACGCAGCUGCUGCAGCAGGUCGAGCACCUCAAGCAGGAGAUCUCCAGGCUGCUGCGGGAGAGGGACGCCUACAAGGAAAAGUACGAAAAGCUCAUCAGCAACGGCUUCCGAGAAAACGGAUCCAGCAGUGACAACAACCCUUCGUCCCCGGAGUUUUUCAUGUCAUCAAGAAAAUUCCUCCAUCUGUGAUUUCACGCCACCCUCCUCCAUACCUUUGGAUCCUUGAGAUAACCUAACGACUGAGCAGCAUAGACACCAGAGCGGCUGACCAAUCGCAUCUACAAAGAAACACCAACAAAGCACAACAUUCAAAACCAAGAAUAACAGACAAGACCAUCUAGAACCCCUUCAGAAUCUCCACAAUGAAAUUCUUAAAAGCCUAGUUCCUCUGGUGUCUCUCCUUGGUAUUUUCCUGCAGCUUUUUUCGCUUUUUGUUUUUUGUUUUGUUUUGUUUUUUGUUUAUAUUUUUUUUAUAGAAAACUUGGAAAAAAAAAGAAGAAAAAAUCACAGACUCAUAACAAUGACAUGAUUGACAAUGCCUGAUAAAUACAUUUGAAAGACUAUUUUCUCUAUGGCGGGAAACUCAAUGAUGCAUGCUUCUGUAAAUAAAUCAUCAUAAAAUCACUAUUCUUAUUCCUAAUAUAGGAAUCAUACCAAGCCACUGUCACCAAAUCCAUAAACCUUCGGUACUGCGGAUAGAGUAUUCAUGGUUCAGUAUUUUCCAUGUGAAAAAAGUAUUCUUCAGAGUGAAUGAAAUUUUCAUUUCAGUUAUAUUUUCUUUAGUCUUUGGCGUCAUUUAAACUGUAAAAAUUGUACUUCUUAUACUUCUUAUUCUCUUUAAAUAAGGGCCUAGUCUUCCUCUCCAAUAUCCAAACUACUACAUGUAAAUAGAGAUGAAUAAGGUGAACAGCAUGUACCAGACUAUAGUGUAUAUUUACCACCUGUUAUACCACAAAUCUCAGUAUCUGGACAUUCCAGAGAACCUUUUUCAAAAGUUUUAAAAUACGUUAACAUGUUUUUUCUGAUCGCAUAAGACAUAGUCCCAGGUGUCUGUACGCUUUUCCUAUGAAUUUGAAUAGAUGAAUAAAAUCAUUAGCAAUUUCAUUAGGUUUUAUUAGGUGAUGACCAUACAAGGAAAUUCUUAUCAUUUUAUCAGUCCACUGGGAAAGGGUGAAACUGAAGAGGAAAGAAAGCAAGCCAUGAGUCUGACUUAGCACCUUUAACAAGUAAACGCAAUAUUUAAUAUAUAAUUUGAUGUUGAAAUUAAAAGAUUUCUUCCAGUAUUUAUCACAGGUAGUUCACGUUGCAAUAACCACUCCCAUCCCUUCAAUGCCAAUGUUUCAAGGUUGUUAUCAAUUUGGGAGGAACAUGUUUUUAUUUUGUUGCAUGAUUUGAAAAAGUGCUCCAGUCGUGAAGCUACACAUGGAGGAUGGAAAGGAUACCUCAGUGACUGCAAUGUAAACAUGAGGACUCUGAUCUCUGUCUUCCAUUAAAAUAUGAGGAUAACCACAUGAACUGACAGAUAACUUGACAAGCAAACAAAGGGAUGACCUCAAAGAUUAGCCCCUUAAUGGUGAAGACGUAAAACUUUUGGACGGAAAACAGGGGAAAGACUAACUUGCUGAACACCUCACCUGCACCAUUCGCAUCUUCUACCUCUCAACGUGCGCCACGCUUCAAGGAAUCCAUGUUUUAUCAGUGACUCCCUUUAUUAUCCCUACACUUUCUCUACUCCAUGUCCCUAGAGAACCUUCAUGAGGAAAGUUCAGCGCUGAAUGCUACAUGACAUUAAAGAAAACAUAACAAACGUUCACUCUGAGACAAAAACUCUCAUUGCUAUGUGCUGUUUAUAUGUACAGGGUGAUCAGUAUGCUUUGUUUAAGAUGCUGCACUCUGCGUGUUAAUUUGUAUAUGGUACAUGAGGACCUUCAGGCAGUCAUUUACCUGACUAUCUAAACCAGUGUCUGGGUCAGCCAAGUCCCAACCAAGUUCUUUGUCAGCUUUACAUCUCUGUUUUGAUUUGUGAGAAUGAACAAGAGCGUAAUACAAAAGGGGCUUAUGCCUCCUGUGUAGAUUGUAAAAGCUUGUCUUCCAUAAAUGGUAGCUCUGAUAAGGUGUAAACCUUCUAGGGUUUACACCUUAUGUCAGACUGAACCCGGCCACAGCCAACAUGGGGACAGGGGUAGACGGAGGGCAAACUGGGGUGCUCCACUUAAGUGGCAGCUCACAAAGUGUCAUGGGGCAUCCUUGCAGCAACUGUAUACAUCCUGUGUCACAAGGAUAUUCCACAUGUCUACAACCUUACCCACUCACAGAGAAGUCCAGGAAGAGAGCAGAGGGACAACGCAAAGGCUCGUCAGAAUCAAUAAAGAGAAAAAAAACAACAUUUACAGCAAUUAUGUUGUACUAUUCUACUAUUAUGACCAAGUACAGCAUAUUUUUUUCUUUUCUGAUGUCCUCAGAGAGCUCAAUAACCCCUUGACCUAAAAGUGUUAUACCCUCAUGCGGCUAUCUGGGCUGAAAUGACCUCACGUCCUGUCUGAGGUUAACUUUGUGUUAAUGAGCAUGGCCCUCAACUCGACCAGAUGUUCAGCCUUGUGGUUAAAUACCUGUUACCCUCUGUGAUCCUCUAAUGUCUCUGCAUCUGUGCGCUUUCUGGACACACAUGCAGAAACAUAAAGUGAAAAAUCUUGUUGAGCAACGAAAGAGUGAGACACCUUAACUUUUUAGAGCAGG